CAAAUUCGUCCCAUCUUGAAUCCAAAAACAAAAUUAAUCAAAUCUCUUGGACAAAAGAAGUAAUAAUCAAAGGGGCAUAAAUUUAGAUAGAAUUAAUCCACUCAUAAUUAUUUUCCGUUUUCUUUUGAGUGCAUAAUUAUUUUCCUUAAUUAACUUGAUGUCAAGAAAAUUCUAUCUAUAUGACUAUAUCUAACCAAGCAUACACACACACAUACGGAGUAUAUGUAUAUAUAUCUCUGGUCUGACCGGGAGAGUAAUAAAAAUGGGCAGCGGGUUUAACCAGCGGGCGGCGGCGCUUGCCAUAGCCAUGGCGGUGGCCGUCAUCGCCGGCGGCGUUCGCUCGGUGUUGUCCUACCAACGGCCGCCGGCGAGGGACUCCAUUUUCGCAUCUCUGCCCCAACAUCUCGACUCCUAUUCUCCUCAACAGGUGCAUAUUUCAAUGGCAGGGAAGGACAAAAUGAGGAUAUCAUGGCUUACAAAAGAGUCGCCGUCAGACACGGCGGCGACGGUAGAAUACGGCACAUCUCCGGGAAAUUACAUCCUCUCUGCCAAUGCCAACACCACAAGCUACAGAUACCUGUUGUACAAAUCCGGCGAUAUUCACCACGCCGUCAUCGGCCCGCUUUCUCCCAGCACCACCUACUACUACCGCUUCCCUGGCGGCUCCGCCUCUUCCCUCCAAUAUAAUUUCACAACUCCGCCUUCCGGUUUCCCCAUCAAAUUCGCCGUUGCCGGUGACCUUGGACAAACGGAGUGGACCAAAUCAACCCUGGAACACAUCUCCAAGUCGAACUACGACAUGUUGUUGCUCCCGGGUGACUUGUCCUACGCGGACUUCGACCAGCAGUUGUGGGACGCGUACGGAAGGCUGGUGGAGCCUCUGGCGAGUGAACGGCCGUGGAUGGUGACACAAGGCAACCACGAAGUGGAGAAAAUCCCAGUCAUCCAUCCAGAGUCGUUCACCGCGUACAAUGCCAGGUGGCAAAUGCCUUUCGAGGAGAGUGGGUCCGACUCCAACCUCUACUACUCCUUUGACGUGGCGGGGGUCCACGUGGUGAUGUUGGGCUCGUACACGGAUUUCGAGCCCGGCUCAGCCCAGUACACGUGGCUGGAGUCAGACCUAGGGAAAGUUGACCGAACCAAGACUCCAUGGCUGUUUGUGCUUGUGCACGCACCAUGGUACAACUCCAACACUGCCCAUCAAGGGGAGAAGGAAAGUGUUGACAUGAAGGAUUCCAUGGAAGACUUGCUCUUUAAGGCCAAAACCGACGUCGUUUUCUCCGGUCAUGUUCAUGCGUACGAGCGCUUUACUCGAGUUUACAAAGAGGAAGCAAACGACUCUGGCCCGCUAUAUAUCAACAUUGGGGAUGGCGGUAAUCGCGAAGGUUUAGCCACCGAUUAUAUGAAGCCGGAGCCGGAAAUAUCAGUGUUUAGGGAGGCGAGUUUUGGGCAUGGAAGACUUGAGGUGGUGAAUGGAAGCCAUGCAAAAUGGGAAUGGCACAGAAACGAAGACGACCAAUCUGUUACAGCAGAUAGUGUGUGGAUUAGGAGCAUAUCAUCAUCGUCAACUUCACCCCAUUCUUCUUAAUUCCUUGCAUUGAAUAUUUGAACUAUCUCUAUAUAUGCUCUCUAUUUUAACUAAACAUGUAGUAAUAACAAUAUGGCCAAAAAAGUGUAGUAAUUUUUUUUCUUUAUUGGCAUAAAUUCAAGUAUGGGUU